AUGGAAGAUGUAGGUGAUGAAUAUUCCAAUGAGUUAGUUUCAACAUCAUUUUUCCAAAGAUCUAGUGGACAAGAAUUAUUUGGCAUGCAUGAUCUUGUUCAUGAUUUAGCCAAAUAUGUAUCCAGGGGAUAUUGUAUUAUAUUACAAGAUGACAGCCCAAAAGAUGCCAUUGUGAAUGUGCAUCAUGCUUCUGUUAGAUAUUUGGAUUCGCCAAUGAGAUAUGAUUCUAUUAUUACUGAAGCAACCCAUUUGCGUACCAUUUUCCCACUAUUUCCGACUUCACAUAGAUACUUAUCUAAUGAAGUAGUGAAUCCUAUAAUAUUAAACUUGAGGUAUUUAAGAGUAUUAUCAUUUCAUGGUUGUGUAACUGUGAAGGAAUUGUCUGAAUCAAUUGGUGAGCUAAAGCAUCUUCGCUUCCUUAGGCUCAGCCACACUAGAAUUGAAAGACUGCCAAAAUCUGUGGGUAAAUUAUUGGUAGAGAUGCCAAGGCAAAUGAGUAAAUUGAAAAGUCUCCAAACGUUGACUGAUUACAUUGUCGGAAAAGAUAAUGUGACCAACAUAGGAGAGUUGAGGGAGCUUUCCGAUCUUCAAGGGCAACUUUGUCUUCAGAAUUUAGAGAAUGUUGCAAAAGCAAGUGAUGCAUCAGAUGCCAAGUUGGUGGACAAGAAGCAUCUUGAAGCACUGCGUUUGGACUGGAAAGGCGAUGAUAAAGAUCGAAAACAUGACAGACAUGUACUCGACAACCUAUUACCUCAUACAAACUUGAAAAGGCUUACUGUCCAUGGAUAUGGAGCUACCAUCCCUGAAACUCUUGAAAUUCAUGGACUAAAUAGGGUGGUGAAUGUGGGUGCUGAGUUUUACGGGUUCAAUUCUUCUAAUAAUUCUGUGAGAAAGCCGUUUGCAUCAUUGAGAAUCUUAAGUUUCAGUAAUAUGUCAGCAUGGAAAAAAUGGUCUUCCAUUGAAGUUGAAGAAGGUGGUGAAGUUUUCCAUAAGCUGCAAGAACUCCGAAUAAUUAACUGUGAUAAGCUGACGACAGUUGAUUGA